AUGAGGAUCGAUGACGGCGUGGCCAGCCUGGUCAUUGCACAGCUGCUGUUCCUGCAGUCCGAGAGCAACAAGAAGCCCAUCCACAUGUACAUCAACAGCCCUGGUGGCGUGGUGACCGCGGGCCUGGCCAUCUAUGACACGAUGCAGUAUAUCCUGAACCCCAUCUGCACGUGGUGCGUGGGCCAGGCUGCCAGCAUGGGCUCCCUGCUCCUCGCCGCCGGCAGCCCAGGCAUGCGCCACUCUCUCCCCAACUCCCGCAUCAUGAUUCACCAGCCCUCUGGGGGCGCCCGGGGCCAAGCCACUGACAUUGCCAUCCAGGCAGAGGAGAUCAUGAAACUCAAGAAGCAGCUUUACAACAUCUAUGCCAAGCACACCAAGCAGAGCCUGCAGGUGAUCGAGUCGGCCAUGGAGAGGGACCGCUACAUGAGUCCCAUGGAGGCCCAGGAGUUCGGCAUCUUGGACAAGGUCCUGGUCCACCCGCCUCAGGACGGUGAGGACGAGCCCGAGUUGGUGCAGAAGGAGCCCGUGGCAGUGGCAGUGGCCGCAGCAGACCCCGUCCCAGUGAGCACCUGAGAGCCGGGCCUCGUCUCCAGAGUCGCAUGGAGAGGCCGGGGCCAGCCAGACUCCCAGGAGAGCCCUGUUCCCCCGGCGCUGCCGAGCCUGGAGGGGCCCCCGGCAGAACUUUGGAUUUCAGGGCACCUAUGGACGGGGCAGCCCGGCGGAGACACUGUGAUUUUAAAUUAAAGUUUUUGGUCUUUGC